GCUCACCUGUCCUGACAAUAUAAAACAGGUCAGAACCCUCUCGCUUGUCUGCUCAGUUCAUCCCUAGAAGCAGCUCCUCCAGGAACAGAGGCGCCAUGCAGCCCCGGGUGCUCCUUGUUGUGACCCUCUUGGCACUCCUGGCCUCUGCCCGAGCGACUGAAGCCGAGGAUGCCUCCCUCCUCAGCUUCAUGCAGGGCUACAUGGACCGCGCCACCAGGACCGCCCAGGAUGCACUGACCAAAGUGCAGGACUCUGAGAUGGCCCAGCGGGCCAGGGGCUGGAUGAACGGUGGCAUUAACUCUUUGAAAGACUACUGGAGCUCAUUUACAGACAAGUUCUCCGGGUUCUGGGAGUCCACCCCCGACGCCAGCCCGACUCCGUCCUUUGAGGCCUUCUGAGAUCUCCUGCUCCAUGCCCGCCUCUUCAUCCAUCCUGCCAGUUCCCUGGGUUCUGCAGCCUCCUGGGCUGCCCCUGAAGGUUGCUUUAAAGGGGUARUAUUCUCCCACCCCCUGGCCCCACSCAGGCAUGCCACCUCCCAAUAAAGUUGAACUAGACGCU